UGGUGGCCUUGGAACUGAACUUGAACUAAAUGUCUGUUGGCUUUUUCUGUUUUACUGGUCUGCAGUCUAACCCUCGGCCUCUUGUAAUAAUAAUUAGAAGGAGCAGACACGAAGCGAGCGAAGUACACGUCAAACACUUACAGGACAUGCGCAUGCGCAGACACAGUCAACAAUGGACUGCAGGCGCCAAAUAGCUGAGUCAUGUAACCGGAUGUAGGAGAAUGUAAGAAGGAAAAACUCGGAUACUGAGUGACGGUGUGUUGCGUGUACAACAAAGCUGAAGGCUGGCGGACAAUCGGUACAGAAGAAACCGCUGUCGUUCGUCGCCCUGGAAACACACUCGCUCGCACCGGCCUUCGCGUCAAGUGUCGUCUGGUCUCGGGCCGACCUUUGACACUGCAAUUGACACGCUAUCGACACGCGCCGGCUCGACCCUUCAGCAGCACGGAUGUAGCUCCGUGGCCGGCAGUCAGGUUACCCAGGCACGCCUUUUGUUCAUCGCUGGUCUCCAGCCUGGCGACAGGGCCCUUGACAUCAACGACGAUAUCAAAAGUGGGAAGGAGAGAGAGAAAAAAAAGUAGCCCUCACCAAGGUCAAGGACGUCUCAGGUGAGCAGUUACUCGUGAGGUUACGGAGUGUCCUCAAGAGAAGAGCUUCGGGUCAUCGAGUGCACUCGAGGCACAGACACGCUUGGCUGAUGGUCCAGGAGCUGUCAAGCAGACCUAAGAUGGACGAAACACAGGCAGUGAACAACGGGGCCUCACCCGCCUCCAGGAAGUUGACAUCAAGCGACCAGUACCUUGAGCAUGCGCAGAAGGCCCCACAAGUUCAGAGGCCGGUUCGCACGUGCGCAGUCGUGUCUCUGUCCUUUCUGUUUGUGUACACAGCCAACCUCGCCAUCCAGAACCUUCAAAGUAGUCUGAACCAGGCGGAGGGCCUCGGCAUCACCUCUCUUGCCGCUUUGUACGGUGCCAUCAUUGUGUGCGGCACCAUGUCGCCUCUAGUUAUCAGGCUGCUGGGUGCCAAGCGGACCCUCCUGCUAGCCUGGGUGUUCCACGCGCUCUACACCCUCAGCAAUUUCUACCCGACUUUCCCCACUCUUUUGACUUCGUCGCUUCUGUUGGGAGCCAUCGCGGGCCCCAUGUGGACCGCACAGGGCCUCUUCAUCUCGGAAAGUGGACUGGCGUACGCUCAAUCACACCAGAUGGAACCGCACGAAGCGCUGAGCAAGUUCAGCGGAAUCUUCUUUGCCUGUUACGAAGCCACCCAGAUCACCGGAAGUCUCAUCACCAGCCUCGUGCUCAUGCGCGGAAACUACUCAGAAGUGAACAACACUGGUCGCAUCUGUGGAGCUGGUGUGUGUCCUGGUCAGGUGACCAACAGCACGCAGAUCGAGCAGCCGGAGCAGAGCCUCGUGUACCUGCUGCUGGGGAUAUUCCUGGCUUGUAACAUCCUGGGUCUUGCGCUCACAGCCGCCAUUUUGCCGGGGCUUGACAAGAGGCUGGAAACGUCGGCAGGUGAGAACACGUUGGGGUCGAGUGUGACAAGCUGCCUGUCCAUGAUGCUGGUGCCCCGGAUGUUGCUUCUCCUGCCAUUUUUCAUGGCCCAGGCAAUGAAUAGCGGCCUGCUGUUCGCCGAGUACACUCAAGCCUUCAUCAGCUGUUCCGUGGGUAUCCAGUGGGUGGGCUACGUCAUGGCCUCGUUCGGUGUUUUGACGGCUGCGCAGGCGCUGGGCCUUAACUUCCUGGCGCGCUACAUCGGGCGACAACUCUUGUUUCCUGCCGCGGCGCUGGCGGACAUGAGCGUGGCGGUGGCCAUGUUGCUGUGGAACCCUGUAGGUGCCGACGUGGGACUUUUUUUCAUCUUGCCCACAGUAUCAGGGUUCGCGGAAGGAAUUUUCCAAGCGCAGUUUUAUUCUCUGGUUGCUACGGUGUUUCCGACCCAACUGACGGGGGCCUUUGCAGCCUACCACACCUCCAAAGCCACUGCCUUCACCUUGACAUUCGUCCUAGCGCGGUUUCUAUGUCUACGAGAGAGAAUAUACUUCAUCCUGGCAUUUUCUGCCUUAGGACUGUGUGGUUACACUUCCGUGGAAGUGAUGAUCGCCAAACACAGGACAAAAGAAAAGACAAUCGUCGUGGAGCUGGCCGACACUAGGGCGUCGGAGAAGAGUCCUCUCAGGAAACGUAACUCUGACAGUCAGUCACUGAAUAAAAAUAAUAUUUAAAAAAACAA